GUGAUUGUUAGUCAUACAUAUAAAUACUCUUGACUGAUUGUUCCUACAUCGAUUGUGUACCUUCAGGAUCCAACUUCCGUCUUUGAUCGACGUCUCUUUAAUUUUCUUCCUCGGUAGUUUUUGUAGGAUUGUAUAUCUCUCUUUGCCUGGCUCAGAUUGAGUUACACUGGUUCUAUCGUCACCAGGGGUCAGUAUUCUCGUUAGCAAUCGACUAACUCAACGGGUCAAGUGCUUUUCCCAAGUGCUUUUCCAAUUCUUCCUGACCUGUGAACAGUUCCUCGACUGUACAACAAUACAUAACACACACACUUCGCAAGUUAAAGUUUUCAAAAACCUUCCUUGCCACUUUUAUCGAACCUGGUCAACAGCCGCACCGAACAAAACCCACUACAUACACAACUCUUUGGUCUCUCAAUCGCCCCUCUCACUUGAUACGAAUCGCACCAACACUUCAAUCAUUCGCCAUCGCUUGCAGAUUCAGCUCGAUUUCACUUCACUUUACCUGGCUCGUCUUACGUGAAGUUUUCCAAUGGACGCCUUACAGAGAGCUCUCAAUCUCAAUAGGACGGUGAACUUCGAUUGCACUAUUACAGUCGACCAACUAGUGAACGUACCUCUCCUAAAUGGCAAAUUCAAACUCAAGUGGAAAUUCGCUCACCCUAUCACUACUGUUCACCUCGAAGCUCAAUUGAAAGCCAAGCAUGUGGCCACUACCAUUACACAUCGUUUGGCAAUGAGUGACGACGAGUCUCAUCUCCCUCAGAAUUUACUCCGCUCUUCCCAACCCCAUCAUUCGAGUUUUGGUAUCAUUCAGAAUAGUCAGCAAGAUGAGGGUUCAGCUCAUCAUUCUUACCAAGCUGGUCCAUCCGGAGCCAAUCUGCCUGACUUAUCCAACACACGCUCCAGCAUCAUGGGACGGGGACGUUCUCUCACCCAAUCAACUUAUCUCCCCAGCCACUACCCAUCUAAUGAUCCUCAACCGGGAUACGUGACUGAUUUGGGUGCUCACGAAAUGCCAGGUAGUAAUGCCCCAGGAACUACAUAUACUUUCAAAGACUCGGCUCACAGUAGAUUUGGGUCUCCUUCUAUCAUCACUCCCGACGCAACUCCUACCUUGAACAACUCGAUUUUUGGAUCAGAGGAUGGUUACAAGCUCAACUCGGUGACACCUAGGCCAGGAUACAACCCAAAUCCUACAACCCCAAACUCUCAAAUGAUCGAAGCGCCAUGCAAAGCUGAGUCAUCUGGCUCAACUCCCUAUGUUGACGUUAAGAAUCACUCGGCUGUUUUCCGGCAAGCCUUUCGAUGUCCCGUCUCGAUCGCAGUGACAAAAGAAGGUAGACUCCAGCCUAGUAUAUUGACGAUUGUGGUGAAGCAAGAGCAUGUUGGAGAAGACGGAAGAAGAGAAGUCUCCAGGCACGGCACAGUCGCGAUUGAUUUGAGUAGAUUUACACCUUUUAUGGCUCAGGAUGUUAAGGAGCAGGUGAUAAUUGGCGAACAUGAGCUUGAAGCUCAGAAAAAGAGAAGAGUUGAGAAAACUAAAUUUCUACUGCAAGAGUGUAGGACAAAUGCUAGCUUGAAGCUACAGAUCCAGAUGGACUACCUCAGUGGGGCUACAUCUUAUAAAACGUCUGCUGCCGGAUCGCCCAUUUCGGAUCACGCACAUUCUCCACAUGAGGAUGCUAAAUCAGUUUAUAGCAUUGCCAAAUCUAGCUCCGGCUCACCCGACUCUUCCAUUCUGUCAUCCAAUUCAAGCUACCAUAACCCAUCGGGCGCCCUAAAGAAAGUUCAAAUAUCACCAUCUACAUAUCAUAUGGGCGAACGUUCGAGUCAUUCUUCAGGUCAUCGUGCGCGACCUUUUAAAUCACACCAGCACGAGACUACUUUACAAGUUGCAGACGAGCUCAUCGACGUCUUAUUCUCGAAUGCCUAUGUUCCCUCAUCUGGACCUGUGACGCAACGCCUCCAAAGUGCCAAAAGGAAAAAAGAACGCACCGAGAAAUUAGUGACCACACAUGAUGCUAAAUCACUUCAUCUGAGUAUUCGAUCAUCUCAAACUAACAAGAGCUCGGCACCUAGACCAACAAUGAUGUCAGUUUGGGAGAACUCUAUCUUCCUCAAACCUAGGGAGGAAGACGACGAUGCUGCGAGUAGAAAGAGUGGAAAAAGCUUUCAAUCCAAGUUUCGAAGUCUAAGUAGAUUGACUGCGCUCCACUCGACAUCUUAAAGUUGUCUUUAUUUAUUAUCCUAGGACCAACUGGAUACAUAGAGUCAAGAUCUGGAUCUCACUUUAUCUUUCCGUUUAAGUCUUGCGGACGACCGAACUAGGCUUACACAAUACUUUGAUCACCUUCAUUUCAUCAAAUCUAUCAUCAACUUCUGAAUUAGCAACCUCCACCCUGCAAGCAUUCCAAUUUUUUUCUAUUCUUCCUCAAGACUCGUCUAUGACAAUAUAUAUUAUAAAUCUUCAAUACUCGACUAAUAACCUCUCAUUUUUAGUAUAAGCUCUUAGUAAAUCAAAACAAAUCAAAAGUACAUUACUCUCCUUUGUACACAUCUUAAUCUCUUUAGAGCAAUGUAUCUAUUCUAAUCAAUACCCUUUUUCAUUUGACUCAUCGUUUCUCGAUUCUUCUUUCUUUUGAUCAACAUUAUCUCUUAGAUCUACCAAUAUCAAGAGAGCGUGAUUGCAGGAGUGACAUAGUGCUGUGAUGGCAAAACGAAUUUGCUUUUGUUUAUUGUUGAUUUUGUUUUAUUCAUUAUUUGAUCAAAGUUUAGCAUGCUUAUGAAUUGUAAGGCAUUUAUUUAUAUAUUUAAGGUUGUCUUGAAAAAUCAUUUUCAUUAAAAAAUC